AUGGGCUUCACAGGCGUCCCUGGACUAAAUGUUGAAAUGCCAGAUGAUCAACAUUCGCCACUUGAUUUUUUCAACCUAUUCAUCAAGGAUGAUGAUUUCCAGACCAUGGCAGACGAAACCAAUCGCUAUGCGGAGCAGUAUCUACAACGAAAUGAGGGAAACCUCAAGCCUUCUUCCCGAUUUCGUAACUGGGUCAAAACCACACUGGAUGAAAUGAAGGUGUUUAUCGCAAUGACGAUUGCGAUGGGUUUAGUAGUUCAGCUGGACAUUUCCGAGUAUUGGACAAUAUCGGAGGUGAAUACCACACCGUUUUUUCCGUCAUUAAUGCCAAGGGACAGGUUUUGGCUCCUUAUGUGCUUCUUUCAUUUGGCAGAUAACAGCGCACAGGUACGUUGA